UUCCUCACAUCUUGUUUAUUAUCUCCUCACCCAAGUCUUUUCGUGGUCUCUUCAUCAGCCACCAGUGGGAACCGACCUGGCAGAAUCAGUUCAGAUCACCAGAUUGUCCAUAAUGAAUCGCUGGACUAGCUUCCUUCUGCUCGGGGGCGCUUCCCUUUUGAGCGCCCAGUGCACUGCCUCCAAUGUGCCGUCAGUGAAAGUUCCCUCCUGUGACAAGGGCACCGGCAGCGUGCAGUACGACAAGUCUGUCCCGAACGGCCAGGACAAGUUCCCUCUUACCCAAGUCGAUCUUUGCUACACCAACAGUGAUAUCAAGAUCACCUUCACCGCAUUUGAAGAAGUCAACUUCUUCUACAAUGAAAGCCACACCACCAAUGACCCCCUCUAUGAGUAUGAGGUCAUGGAAGCCUUCAUCUAUCACGGUACGAACGAUCCCAGGAGCUACUUCGAGUUUGAGGUGAGCCCCAAUAACGUCACAUGGCAAGCCUUCAUCUACAACCCGUCCAAAGUCCGGGCUGAAGGCAUGCCCUUUGAUAACGGCCAACUCAGGACUCCCAUUGUCGAUGGGCUGGUCACCAGCACUAAGCUGGAUAGGAACGCACAUAUCUGGGUGUCCAACGCGAGUAUCCCACUAGGUCUUUUCAAUGUCGACGAUGGAGAGGCUAAGGGAACUCAAUGGCGCAUGAACUUCUUCCGUACGAUUGUAUCACCUGAUACAUUCCCCGACCAAGGCUUGGGCGCGUGGAGCCCUACAAAUAUGAGCAAUUUCCAUAUGACGCCAUUCUUCGGGAAUGUGCUCUUCGUCUAGUGCAGAUAAACUAGAUUCAGAAACAAAUCCAGAAUAACAAGUCGUCGAAUUGAACUUAUCGUCGCCAUUACCCGACUCUGUGUGAUUCAAUGUUGAACUCAGCUUGUGGCGAAUAGACGUGAAAGUAAGCGGUGAGAGGCGUUGUCUAAUUA